AUGACUGGAGUAAUUCCUAAUUUAUCAACAAACGAGAAACCGAAACAAACAUUACUUGAUCGUUUGAAAUUAGUCCAACGAUAUUUUUCUAAUCCAACACUUCAUCUUAUUAAAUCUCACAAUAAUAACAAUGAGAAACCGCCGAAACACAUUUUAUCCCAUCAAAGUCCUGACAUAUUGGUGGUAGAGAAUAAUUCAACUUCAACAGAUACAUUUCAUGCAGCCGAACAUAUUACAUCACCGAAAUUAUUACAAUCUCGACGUAAUACAAAUAAUUGGACAAUUAAACAAUUUAAAAAACACAUCAAACUAACUCGUCCCAUCAACAAACAUCAACAUAAAUCAGCUACAUUGUCUGUUGAGCCGACAAGAGAAUGUGUUACCAGUGAUUCGUAUAAUCUUCAAUCACAAUAUCAUACAUUAAAAGAAUCUUCACUAAUCCACUCACAAUUAAAACAGAAUUCUAAUAAUUUAGAUGAAAUAAGUAUUACAAAUCGUAGAUCUAUUGAUGAAGUUUCCUCGCAAUCGAUUUCCACUGGUUCUAUAAAUUUUGAUGAUUGUUUAAAUGAACAAGUUGAAAACGGCGGUAAUUUCAAAACUCAUUUAAAAAUCACUAAUCUUGAUGAUAAUCUGGAAUCUGAUGAUGAUGACGAUGAUAAUGAUAAUAAUCAGAAAUUAAAUUCUGAAAAUAUUACAGCGACCCAGUUGGUCAAUGAAAUUUUAAAAGAAUCAGGUGUUGAUAAAAGCUGGACAAUUAUUGAUCAUCGAACGGACAAUCAUCAUCGACAUCAACAGCAACAGAGAAAACAAUCUCUGUCAAAUGUUCAAUUUUCAAUGUCUGAUAUUUAUUCCAUAUUUGCAGGAAGUCAUGAUGAUAAACUUAAUGAUGUUGAUUAUUCCAUGUCAUUGAUGGAAACUAGCAAUCCAUCAAAAUAUUUCCAGUCGUUAUCAUCUUCUGAUAUAUUGACAAAAACAUAUCAUAAACAUGGGAAAAAAUUAUCAUUGGUUAAAUGUAAUAUUUUUCGAUUGAAACGUUGUUUGAAUAUAUCGACAAAGUCAAAAACAUUACCAACUGUACAGAUUAAUGAGCCUUUCAGUGAAAAAAGUAAGUGA